GGGACAGGACUUGGGCAGAUUCGAUGGAUGUGGGUGUGAAGAGGGCAGGCAGGUACCCAGGCAGAAGGAGCCAGAAAGACCGGGGAGCCCUGGGAUGCCUCCAAAAGUACAGAUGUUCCUCAAGAACGGUCCCACCUGCUCGCUCCCAUGACCAACAUGAGCUGGAGCUUCCUGACGCGGCUGCUGGAGGAGAUCCACAAUCAUUCCACCUUCGUGGGCAAAGUGUGGCUCACUGUGCUAGUGGUCUUCCGAAUUGUGCUAACGGCUGUGGGUGGCGAGUCCAUCUAUUCGGAUGAGCAAUCCAAGUUCACCUGCAACACGCGGCAGCCGGGCUGUGACAAUGUAUGCUACGAUGCCUUCGCGCCCCUGUCACACGUGCGCUUCUGGGUCUUCCAAAUCGUGGUCAUCUCCACCCCUUCUGUCAUGUACCUGGGCUAUGCAGUCCACCGCCUGGCGCGCGCCUCAGAGCAGGAGCGCAGACGCGCCCUCCGUCGUCGCCCCGGCCCUCGGCGCGUGCCCCGGGCUCAGCUGCCACCGCCGCCUCCUGGCUGGCCGGAUGCCACCGAUCUGGGCGAGGCGGAGCCCAUGCUGGCGCUGGAGGACGAGGAGGACGAGGAACCGGGGGUGCACGAGGGUCCGGGGGAAGACACGGAGGAGGAGCGCGCAGAGGAUGUGGCUGCCAAGGGGGGUGGAGGUGAUAGCAAAACGGUGGUCACUCCCGGACCGGCCGGGCAGCACGAUGGGCGAAGGCGCAUCCAGAGGGAGGGCUUGAUGCGCGUGUACGUGGCCCAGCUGGUGGUAAGGGCGGCCUUCGAGGUGGCCUUUCUGGUGGGCCAGUACCUGCUGUACGGCUUCGAGGUACCGCCCUUCUUUGCCUGCAGCCGCCAGCCUUGCCCGCACGUGGUGGACUGUUUCGUGUCGCGGCCAACCGAGAAGACGGUCUUCCUGCUGGUCAUGUAUGUGGUUAGCUGCCUAUGCCUGCUGCUCAACCUUUGUGAGAUGGCGCACCUGGGCCUCGGCAGUGCGCAGGACGCUGUACGCGGUCGUCGGGGAACCUCAGCACCGGGUCCUGGCCCGGUGCCGCGCCCGCCUCCCUGCGCUUUCCCGUCUGCGGCUGCCGGCCUGGCUUGCCCUCCCGAAUACAGUCUGGUGGUGCGCGCGGCUGAGCGGGCGCGCGCACACGACCAGAAUUUGGCUAAUCUGGCCCUGCAGGCACUGCGCGAUGGGGCGGCGGCGGCGGUGGCCGCAGAUCGGGACAGCCCUCCAUGUUCAGGGCUCAAUGCAACCUCUCGGGGGGCACCCAGGGCGGGUGGCCCAGCUUCCGGAACCGGUAGUGCCACGUCGGGGGGCACCGUUGGGGAGCAUGGCCGACCCGGGGCUCAGGAACAACUGGUCACUAAGCCUAGGGCGGGCUCUGAGAAGGGCAGUACAGGCAGCAGGGAUGGCAAGGCCACUGUGUGGAUCUGAGGACACUGGGGAGAGCUCAGGGAGGGCCUAGCAUAAGGGUUCAAUGGAAAUCUUUGUUCUCAACCAGUGGCCACUGACAGAUCCCCUUAGGAGUCUUUAGAAGAGGAAGCUGAAGACCCCUGAGAGGUGCUGGCUCAGGUACCUCCCUGCAGGAUGUGAAGAGGAAUCACCAGGGACUUGUCUGUGGCCCCUGGGUGGGGGGAGGCGAGCUGUGUCCCAGUAACUGACUGCCCCUCCAGGCUAUUAAACGGGAUGACCCCUCCUCUGGGCCCCUCAGCGCUUUCUUUUAGGCUCUCCUGCAGCUUCCCCGUAGAACAGAGGUAACUGGCAAGAACCUUUUGGGGACUGUGUUUAUCCUCACUGCAGCAGCAGGUGGGUUCCUCUACAGCCCCCUCAGCCCUGAGAAGUCAGAGAACUCUCAGGUCAAGGACAAGCAGGUAGCCUUGGGUCUACUUGCAGCUCUUGGCUCCCUGUGUGGGGCGACUAAGACCUGAAGGAGACCUGGGCUGAGUACAGCCUCCUCUCCCUGAGCUCAGGUAGCCAGGCAUGGGCCGUUUCUAGGACAUCCUGGAAAUUCUGUCAUGCCUUGCAGCUUAGAUCCAUAAGGCUGUGGUCCAGAGCCGUGUUUUUGGCCAUGCUGGAAAAUUAGAGCUCUGGAGAGCCUAGACCCAUCUUUUGUGCCCUCCUCCCUGUUUUAAAGCCAACU